AGAGCAGAAAUGGAGAAGAUUGCUGUCCUGGUUCUGGUGUUGGGCUGCUGCUUCUGUGUUGCUGACAACAGUGGAUUUGCAAGCUCUGGCGACGUGUAUUCCCUCACAACUAUUGCUUUAAAUGUCGGCGCUCUGGGGGAGAAAGUUGCAAACAUGGCAGACAAGAUAACGUUUUUGGAGACCAAGCUCCAAAAUGCUGACAGAGAAAUACUAAAGCUGCGGAGCCUCGUCGGAGGUACUCCACAAGUGGCUUUCUCAGCAGCUCUCAGAGAUUCUGGCGCUGGGGAUAUUGGACCUUUUACCACUGCUACUCCACUGAAGUAUAAAAAGAUUUUCUCCAACUAUGGUGACUGCUACAAUCCUUUCACAGGCAUCUUCACUGCUACGGUCAGCGGGGUGUACUUCUUCCGAUUCUCCAUGUUUAAUAACCUCAGUCCCACUCCCAACUCUGUUGUGAGUCUUAAAAAGAACGAUGAGCGGUUGACAUCUGUCUGGGACACCAAAGGAACAGACAGCAACGACAUGGGAAGCAACGCUGUAGUCAUCCCACUGAAGGCGGGGGACACUGUCUAUGUGGAACUGCAAGAAAACAGACUCGUCUAUGAUGAUCUGAUGUACUACAACACCUUCAGUGGAUUUCUGCUCUUCACUAUGUAAUUUAAAUGUUACACUUUGCAUUCUGCAUUACUUUUUCUGAAAUGUUAGAAUGACUAACCUUUAUUAACUCAAUGGUGUCGGUUUGUAAAAGGAUGUU